GGGAGAGAUGUUCUCGCGAGAAGAGAUGAGCAGGCCGUCGCUAUCGGAGGAGUAGCGGCCAUUUCCCUGAGAGGACAUUCAGGUGAGAGGAGGACAGCAGAGCCUACACUCCCAUCAUCUCCCAACGUCGCGACAACACACACUCUCUCUCGCUCAACAAUGCGGACACCAAGCUAAACUCGAAUGUGGCGGACUAAACUACACUCCCCAUCGGCCAUGGCGGCAGAGCUCCCAUCCAUGUUGUGACAUCUAGCACUGAUGUCUGUGGGAAUUUUAGAAAGGUAAAUAACAGUGGAAAUAUGUUGCUCAAUUUGAAAUACAUUUCACUGGGAGUUCUAGUAUUUCAGACUACCAGCCUUGUGCUGACUAUGCGUUAUUCACGUACUUUCAAGGAAGAAGGACCUCGUUACCUAGCAUCAACAGCUGUUGUAAUUGCAGAGAUGAUGAAGAUUGCAGCAUGCCUUUUAAUAGUCUAUAAGGAUUCUGCUUACAGUUUUAAAGCACUAAAUAGAGUAUUACAAGAUGAAAUUAUUAACAAACCAAUGGAUACACUAAAACUUGCCAUUCCUUCUGGAAUUUAUACACUUCAGAAUAAUCUCCUUUAUGUUGCAUUGUCCAAUUUAGAUGCAGCAACAUACCAGGUUACUUACCAGCUAAAGGUUCUUACUACAGCUUUCUUUUCUGUGACGAUGCUUGGUAAAAACCUCGGUGUUUAUCAAUGGCUUUCCCUGUUAAUAUUAAUGGCAGGAGUCACACUUGUUCAGUGGCCAACAGAUACCACAGAAGAGGUAAAGCAGGAGCUCUCUGCAGGUUCCCAGUUUGUGGGUUUGAUAGCUGUGCUCAGUGCUUGUUUAUCCAGUGGAUUUGCAGGAGUUUACUUUGAGAAAAUCCUUAAGGGGACAAAACAGUCAGUUUGGAUUAGAAACAUUCAAUUAGGUUUGUUCGGAAGUAUUUUUGGAAUCAUGGGUGUAUAUGUAUAUGAUGGACAACGAGUAAAAGAACAUGGAAUCUUCCAGGGGUACAACAAAUUCACUUGGAUUGUUGUCAUUCUACAGGCUCUUGGCGGUCUAGUAAUAGCAGCAGUCAUCAAGUAUGCAGAUAAUAUCUUGAAAGGCUUUGCCACAUCAUUAUCUAUCAUUCUUUCAACAUUGAUCUCUUACUUCUGGCUGCAAGACUUUGUGCCCACCAGUGUCUUUUUCUUCGGAGCCAUUCUGGUGAUAACUGCAACAUUUCUAUAUGGAUAUGAACCCAAGAACAUCUCCGAUCCAAGCAAAGCAUGAUGCAGUAUCAAUCAGCACAGCAGUUCAUUCAUGUGCAGGUGUAAAACUCAUCAAAGAGUCUAAAUACUCACCUGGAGGCACUUAACUGUCCAAAAUAAUGUUCUUUAACUUACAUAAUUAUUAUGGAACUUGCAUUAUAAUUUAAGUGGGUAUAAGUGGGAAGAUAUAUGUAAUUUCAUAGGAUCUUGAUGAAUGUAUAGACUGAUGGCACUCUUAACCUUUGAAUACCAACGGCCAAAUACAAAGCAAAUAUAGGCAGAUCAGUAGUUGGAACAAUCAUGCUUGACUUCAGUGACAGAAAUAGACUAUGCAAUGUAUGAUCAGGGUUCAUAAAUUGAUACGGUUUACAAAUAGAUUUUGGUUUUCUGACAAAAUAUUUUAAGUUAAAUUGAAAACAAGUUUACAAGUUGAAGCAUGUUCAUUUUCAAGGAUGUGAAUAAGUGAAGGAUGUCCUAUAUCUGUUUUUCAAUAAAGUUAUGAUAUUUUAGUCCAAAACCUGCAAACUACAGCUUUGUUUAAAACAAAAGAAAUGAAAAUACCAUGUGUUGCUGAAAGCCAACUUUUCCUUUGUCUUUUUGAAAGAGCAAAGUGGCCAUUUUAUUUCUGUGCUGCUGUUUACACUUUUAUGCAUUAGACUGGACCAAACAGUGGAAUCUGAUUCCCAAAAUGGUUAAAAAAUCCAGAAUUAUGUGGUUUUAAAAAUUGAUUUGCUUAUCACAACAAGCCAGUAAAUAUGGAUAUAAAUAUUGCAUCAAACAGUCUGCAACAAUUUCACCAUUGUGGAAAAUGUUAUUUGUCAAAAUUCUUUCUAGUGAAAAAGUCAAUGAAGAGUGGUUCAUCUGACUGAAUGUGACUCAAAUGUUGUUAAUCUAUUUCUGGCAAUUAAUACUCCUUCUGAAAAGUUUGAUCUCAAUUUUUCAAAGACAACCUAUCCUAAAUCUGUACCUUAAAUUAUCUGCUGUGAAAUGACUGGUACUAUCUGAUUAAUAUGUUGACAGAAACCUUGAACAGGCAAUGUAGUUAAUGUUUGAUGUAACAGAAAUAGCUGAUCCUUUAAACUGUAUUUUCCACACUGCAUUGUUUUCCUUCUAUUCAUCAUUUUAUUUUAUCUUAAAUUUUCUGUGCAUAAUCUGAACAGAGUUUAAAGAUUGUUAUUUGAUUUGUGAACGUUAUAUUUUAAUAGAGGGCUCAUAAGAAUUGUAAAAGGUAACUCUCAAAUUUCUUGUUUAGUUUAUAACAUCAUUACAGUAAGUCCUCGUUUAUAGUGGUGGUUGUGUUCCUGAAAAUCAUGACUUUUAAGUGAAACAUUAAACCAAUCAUAACAUUGUAGUUAGAUCAGUAGGACCUACCUUCUCAGAAAAACAGCUAUUAAAAUAUUAUACCCUUUAACUUGAAAUAUUUAAUACUGAUAAAUUAAGUAACUUUUAAAAUAAAUUUAAAAUAUGUAAAAAAUGUAACGAGCUAAUAACAGUAUCGCCUUUUCAACAAUGAUCCUACUUAAAGAUGCUCCUGUUCUCUGAUUCUCCUUAUUACUCACCCUCCUCACUCCACAACUCUGCAAUUUGCAGUUUUGCCCCUGUUCUCUGACCUCCAAGUGUGGCCUCCCAUCCUCUUGCCGUUCCUUUUCCCAUUGAAGAUCCAGGUCCAUCCUGGAGAGCUGAUCUAGUGGAAGUGUAAUUCCUCAUGAUUCAGAAAUUAUAGGGAUUUUACAAUAAUGUUUUUAUAAGUUCCAUCUCUGUGCUUACCUCACUUGAACCCUCUCUGUGAACAAGGUCUUAGGAGACCAGCAGUGUGGCAGGAGCAGCUUUAAAUUAUUUUAAGAAAAUGGACAACAAUCUUGCAUGCAGGUCUGAAGGUAAAAGUUAUUUAUAUGCUCUAUGUUUAAGCCUUUCCUGGUCUUUCCACAUUAGAUUUCUUGUUCUGAUCAUAACACAAUGCAAUGUUUUCUUUAGAGCUGAUCCUUUACCAAGAAUGUAGUUAUUUUUAGGGUGAAAGAUCAUUUGUUAAUUCACAUAUUGUAGUAAUAGAGGUAUGUCCACUUAUUCCCUACAUAAUUGUUAUAAAAUUGUUGCUGAAGGGUGUGGUUGAGGCACUAGAAAGCAUCUUGAGUUUCAUUAUUGCUUAUUGGGUAUAAAGCUUACAUGUUUCAAUAUGUGCUGGUUUUAAUUAAAUUGGUAUUUUUCCAAGAUGUCAGUGAUAAAUAUUUUGUUAUGCCUAAGUUAAAUCCUGUUCCAGUUACAUAUUCCAAUAUACUGAUAAAUUACAAUUCUGUUAAAGUCUACUAUUUAUGUACAAUAUAGUUUUAUAAUUUGGGUUUUAUCAGAGGCAAAGUAAAUGAAAAAGAGUUUGUUUUUAAAUUCAAGUUUUCUCCUCUGAAGGCAUUGUUCUUUCCAAUACAGUUAUGUGGCUACCGGAUUCUUAUUGGUAUCUUACAAAGUGACUAUUGUUCAUGUGACAAUUCAUAUUGACUGGCUGGUUACCUGAAGGUUGAUGUUGCAGCAGAAUCUCUGCCCUCAACUGUCCUUCAUUUUGCCUUUUACUGAUGUUGAAAAAUAUGUGCUUUUAGCCAUUGUUAAUGGAUAGCAGUUUGAACCAGGAUCCCUCAAAGAUUUUCACUCCCUGAUUCUUGAUGCUAUGACCUGUUACUGCCUGGUAUCCACUGGCCUGUUCAAGAUCUGCUUACGCAGCUCUGUCAUGCAACUUUCUGCUCAAUGAGCCAACAGGGGAGGUCUGAAUGGAAGAAUUCUUUUUGGAAAGGUGUUGCAGCUACUUUCAAGAUCCCAGUUCAUUGGUGAUAAUGCCAAUUGUAUUGUGUUACAUAAAGGCAUCAUUGUUGAAAAAUCCAGGAUAGGUAAUUAUUAGUGAGCUUUCAAUUUAAACAGAGAAAAUGUGCUGGAGUCUGUAAUGUAAAUAGUCAGAAAUGUUACAUGUUGGCUGAGAAGCUGAUUCACAUUAAAUUAAAUUUGCAAUUAUACACAUUGACAGGAAAGUACAAUUACUUUUGUAACCAAGAACGGAAGUAUAAUUCAAUUUCCAGUGAAAUAUUUCAGCAUAGUUUAACUAGUUGUGGUAUUGAAUGAAAUCUUCCUUUUGCAUUUGGAUUAUGUAUAAUGUUGAUUUUUACAUCCUUAUAAAAUUGUCCCAUAAUAAUGAUAGUUCAUUCACAUUCCAAUAAUUAUUUGGCUAUGUAAAUUUGUUAGUGGUGUACAUUUUACUGAUGCAAUAUCCCAACAAAAAUAGGAGUUGCCAGCAGAGGUAACAAAUUACAGUUUUUGGAGGGGGAUUCUUGCUGGGGGCAUCAAAUUUAAAACUUUAAAUUUCUAUUCCUUAAUAUGAUAUGUAAAAUGUGGUUAUUCAACAAUGGCAAAGAUUGGGUUUGGCAUCUUUUAUUUGUGAUAUUUUAAUUAACUUUGCUGUAAACAUGCUGGUCUUGAGAUUCAUAUUUUAUAAAUAAAGUUUUUUGAUAUUCUA